GAUUCUUAUGCCAUACUUUCUAGUACUUAUUAGCACUCAGAUGAAUCUCUCUACCUUUCGUGAUGGCUGGUAUAUGGGAAAUAUUUUCUAUCUUUGAAGAAUUUGAAAGUACUGGGAAAAUAAUCUUAAUUCUCUAGACGAUGGAUGAUCAGGUGCGGUUAUUGGAGACCUCCGUAAGUUGCAGAAGUGCUAUGGAUACACAUGAUUGGAGGGCUCAAUUACUUCCUCAUAUUCGCCACAGAAAAGUCAAUGAAAUAAUGAGUAUAUUGAAAUCGUAUCAGUCUGACGGUGAUGAUGAUGAUGAAUUACUUGAAUUUCUAAAAAGUGCACAAGGUUUUGAGCAGAAGACUUAUGCUGGCGCAACUAGCCAGGAAGAUUAUUUACAGAAAAUAUCUUCAAUGUUGCAGUUAAUAAGUGAAAAGUAUUGGACGGCUGGACUGCAACCUGAUAGUCGCGGAAGAAUCAUCAACAGAAUAUUGGAAACAUUAAGAAGACAUCUUCCUGUUUCUGGCCAAGAGGGAUUAGAUGAACUUCGUAAAAUUGCUGCAAGAUUUGAGGAGAAGAUUUACAAUGCAGCAACGGCCAGGUAG